CUAGCUUUCAUUUUCCGUGAAGUCCACACCCCAAAAGUGAAUCAGCUCUUACGUCAGACGUCUCACUCUGCUCAAAACAACAAUUGAAUCGACGGCAGUUUCCUGUCUUACAGACAUUAUCCUGCGAGAUAAAAGACUGACCAUGUAUGCAGUUGUUACUCUGCAAGACUCAGAUGAGGUGGUGGUGGCACCAACAAACUGGCUGAGUCUAGACAAGAAACAAUGUUACUGGCCCCCAUUCAAAUCACCAGACAAGUGCAUGGAAGCUGUUCAGAACAGAAUUAAAGCUGAAACAGGAGGGAAACAAUGGGAGAAACUAAACAUUAGCUUUCACGGAGAACAUGUCACUUUUGAGAUGGCAAAAGAUGGGCAAAAAGAAACCAAAGAAAAGAAAGAACGGUCAUAUCUAUUAGCCACUGGAUUCCCUGGAAUGCUAAAAAGACAAAGACUUGAAAGCACUCAAGGAAUGUCAAAUAAUUAUCUACAACCACUUCCUGCAGUAACAACUGCAUCUACAUCCAGAACAACAGCUGAUGACAAGGAUGAGCUCCUCCAAAUGCUGAGAGACAUUAAGAGCACGGUUCAGGAAAACCGUGCUAUGUUAAAGAAACUACUAAAAGACAAUACAGUUUCUGAAGCCCCCAGCAGUACAAGCGUGCCUUCAAAAAAUGUUAAAGCAAACCUAAAACUGCCUCAUAGAACCUUUGAAGAUAUGGCCAGGACUGAAAGAGAGCUCAGCACCGCAACAACACGGAAAAAAUAUGUAAAAUUUUUGUCAGGACUUGGAGGUUUUGGCCCCAAGGAUGUGAUUAAGAAUAUUAUGCAGCAAGUUCUAACAGAUGAUCUGGCUAAGGAAUUCAACUGGCAGGGGAGAGGAGAAAAAAGACCUUUCUCUCAUCUUAUUUUAACAGAUGUGGUCCGAGAUGCUGCAUUCAAACGAAGUGUAAACAGGGCUGAGUGUGAAAUUGAAAUAAAAAAAUAUUUGAGUUACACAGCUGACCGACUCGGUCGGAAGAGACUAAGAGAGAAAGGAGGUCCUGGGCUUGAGAAUCCAAAUGAGAUUUCCCCCUCACUGAUGCCAGAGACGGAAAUACCUUGGGACAUUUUGGGAUUUUGAUCAUCAAUCAAAGGUCAUGAAGACCUACUUAAAUAUUAAACACACACA